CCUCCAAUGAUUAACCAACUGUUGCAUUUUGAUACCUGACCUCCUCAUGUGCUCCUCGUGCUGCACUCUGGACCUAUCAAAACACACAUGGUAGAAGACAUCAAACAUGAAAGUCAUUGUGAGGAUAAAUUGAUCGUCAGGAGUUGAUGCCGUCCGAGAUGAAUGAGGCAAGUCUUCCUCCGAUCAUCCAGGCGGGAGAUGGGAGGACUCUAUCUAGAGCAGAGUUUUUGUCGUUGAUAAGCACCUACAACUGUUUCCUCAAGGAUCAGAUUCAACUUCAUCUCAGUUACUCCCAGAGUAAUGACGACGAAGUGAUCGUAGAAGGAUUCCUAAAUAUCUGCUGGGGAAUCCGAAGACCUAUUCGACUAAAAAUCCAGGAUGAGAAACAAAUGACACCUUUUGCUUCCCUGACCUCAUCUGACCCGAUCAGCCCAGUCAGCCCACUUGAAAACAGAAGGGGCAUGUCAAGAUGGGGGGAGUAUGUCGACCUCCAUCAAAUAGAUGAGAUUGUUGGCACAGCAUAUGAAACAGAAGUUAAAAAUCCUCCACCAGGUUUACAAUUUCUAUUUCAUUUUUUAUUAUUCAGAACUACAGUCCGACCAUUUUGUGUGUAUCCCAAAGCGCCUGUUUACGAGACCACAACGCUGCGUCCUUCGAGGCAGAAGAGCAACGAGCUGGAGUCUAAUUUGUUCCGAUGUAUGAGCGAUGCAUCGUUAGUCAAGAGGAGGAAUCGUCGAGGCAAGUCGGCGGCGCAAAGAGAGAGAGAGCGACAGCACCGCUUCUCGAUCAAUGGACACUUCUACAACUACAAGACAUCCAUCUUCACGCCUUCCUUCGGCACAGCCACCAAAGUCCGUAUUACGAGUAGUAUGACCACAAACCAAGUCAUUGGACAGCUACUUAACAAAUUCAAGAUUGAGAAUGGCCCGCAGGAGUUUGCACUAUACUGCGUUCACCAGAGUGGCGAAAAGAGGAAGAUGACCAAUAGAGAUCAACCGCUGUGGGAACGCAUCCUACAGGGCCCCUCUGAUGACACCAUGAAGAUAUUUUUGAUGGACAUGGAUGAAGAGGAAGUCAGCAAUGAUGUGGCUCAGUAUUUGAACUUGGAGCUUCCCAUCUUGGAGCAGGUUCUACUGAGUUUGCGAGAAGAGGAGAACAAGGAGAUACAAAUGGUUAUUAGCAAGUAUAAAAAUCAUCACCGAGUCAUGUCCCGAAUGCUGAGCAAUAAGAUUUCACCUCACAUUGAGACCAGUGUCUGACAGUGAAAAGUGCAUAGUGGGGGGGGAAAAAAAGUUUUUUACUUUACUGCAUUAGAAAUAUUGCUAAAAACUAAUAGCAGCACUCUCAGUAUGAGCCUAAGUUCAAAAAUAUUUCUUUAAAUGUUUCCAAGAGGCUUGCGGGUAUAAAAAAAAAAAAAUGUUGUAUGUAAAAAAUUGAUUUUUGUACAUUUUUGCAUUUCUAACAUAAUAAAAUGAUUCCGACAUACAAAAAC